GCGUGUUCGGGCGCGGCCGGCUCGGAGACUCGGGGGUGGGGGUGGAGGGGUCUGAGGAGCCCGCGGCCGCCCCCGCCCCGCAGCCCCCCGACGCCCCGCGGGCGCUCGUGCCCUUGUUUGGCCACGCGGCGGCCGCGCGUCAGCGGGAGGCGGGCGCCCCGCGCGGUGACGGCGACGCCCGCGGCCGCGCGAAGCCGCCACUCGCCGCCGCGCGCCCGGCUGCUGACCUCCUGGCCGCCCGCCGCGGACGCUCACAUGGCCCAGGCGAAAAUCAACGCGAAAGCCAACGAGGGGCGCUUCUGCCGCUCGUCCUCCAUGGCCGACCGCUCGAGCCGCCUGCUGGAGAGCCUGGACCAGCUGGAGCUCAGGGUUGAAGCUUUGAGAGAUGCAGCAACUGCGGUUGAGCAGGAGAAAGAAAUCCUCCUGGAAAUGAUCCACAGUAUCCAAAAUAGCCAGGACAUGAGGCAGAUCAGCGAUGGAGAAAGAGAAGAAUUAAAUCUGACUGCAAAUCGAUUGAUGGGACGAACCCUCACCGUUGAAGUUUCAGUAGAAACAAUUAGAAACCCCCAACAGCAAGAAUCCCUAAAGCAUGCCACCAGGAUUAUUGAUGAGGUAGUCAAUAAAUUCCUGGAUGAUCUGGAAAAUGCCAAAAGUCAUUUAAUGUCUCUGUACAGCGCAUGUUCAUCUGAGGUGCCACCUGGACCAGUAGAUCAGAAGUUCCAGUCCAUAGUAAUUGGCUGUGCUCUUGAAGAUCAGAAGAAAAUCAAGAGAAGAUUAGAGACUCUACUUAGAAAUAUUGAAAACUCCGACAAGGCCAUCAAGCUGUUAGAGCAUACUAAAGGAGCUGGUUCCAAAAAUCUGCAGCAAACUAAUGAAAACAGAUUUAAUUAGAGCACUUGCGAAUAAUGACACAAAAAAUUCUAAAAUACGAGGCUGGGAAGUGGCUCAGCAGUAAAGCACAUGCCUUGCAUGCAUAAAACCUGGGUUUAAUCCCCAGAACCACACAAAAAAGUAAAUAAAAAUAUUUUAAAAAAUGAAUACUAUUUUAAAUGAUAACUACUUCGUUAGGCAUAACCACUCAUUUUAUACUGAGAGUUGUUUCAGAUGUGGAAAAAAAUUUCAGCUGUCAGUUUUGUGAAUAAUAAAAUUAGAAUGAUUUUAAUUAUC